UUCCACUUUUUCUAUUUAUUAUUUUCUCCAUUUCCCAUUUCUCUUUCCAUAAAUAAAAACCGCUCCUCACUCCGUUUUUCCAUUUUCCAUAACAGUUCUUCUGUCGUUUCCGCGUCUCACAAAGCGUGUCAUGGGUGCUACUGCCACCGGCGAAGUUUUCCGGCGAGUGUUGGAGGAUUCCGAUGAGCUGCACGUGCUGGCUGUUGAUGACAGCCUUGUUGAUCGUAAGGUCAUUGAGCGUUUGCUGAAGAUUUCUUCUUGCAAAGUGACGGUGGUGGAUAGUGGAACACGUGCUCUUCAGUAUUUGGGGUUGGAUGGAGAAGAGAACAGUUCUAUUGGGUUUGAUGGUGUGAAGGUUAAUCUCAUAAUGACGGAUUAUUCCAUGCCUGGGAUGACAGGGUAUGAAUUGCUCAAGAAAAUCAAGCAGGAGUCUUCUGCUUUUAGAGAGAUUCCAGUGGUGGUCAUGUCAUCAGAGAAUAUCUUGACUCGAAUUGAUAGGUGCUUGGAGGAAGGAGCAGAGGAUUUUCUGUUAAAGCCCGUCAAGUUAUCAGAUGUGAGACGCUUAAGAGAUUUCAUAAUGAGCGGUGAAGUGAAGAAAGGGGAGAAAAGAUCUCACAAAAGGAAUCGAUCUGAUGAUUGCAGUAGUUGCAGGCCAUCUCUAUCAAACACAUUCUCACCAAUGUCAAAUCCAUGUGAUCCAUCAUCAUCACUAGUCUCUCCACUAUCACCUUCCACUUUAUGCUCAAAGAAGUCUAGAUUGUAAUCAGAGAUUGACUAUGGUCCUAUAUGUCUCCAUUUUUGGCACACAAUUAGUUCAUAUCAAAACAAGUAGUAGUGUAUUUGUUAACCAGUCCAUAGUCUACACAGACAGAGUAGUACUCAGAUUUGGAAUCCGAAAGGGCAAUGUCAGAGAAUCAAUGAUUUGUUGGCAUCUGAUUUGUUGGCUGAUUUUGCUUCUGUACAAAUGAAAUUGAUUAAGAUCUUAAUUGCAACUCAUUUUGGAUAGCGGUUUUAAUGUCA